GGGCAAAUGUUCAUGCGACUGACCCAAGCCGUGGACUGACCUCAUGGGAAUGGGCUUGUUACACAGGAAGAUCAGAAUCUGCCUUCAUCAUGCAAAAGCUGAUGGACAGGCCAUGCCCAGAACAGUUUUGUGAUCAGUAUAAACCAGAAUGGCCAAAGAUGAAGGAACUUCUUGCCAAGGCUGCAGAGCCAAAAAGCUGUUUGCAGAGGUUCUCUGAGUGCAUGAGGUCAGCUGUGUCAUUCCGGUCUUUCUACGGCCCAGAAGAAGGCGGGGUCCUCGACCAUAUGGUGAAGGUGACAACAAGCUUGGGCAGUCCUUUCAUUGCUCUGUCAUGCAGAACUGUUUGCCCAGGCAGCCCACCUGCUGUGGGAAAGCGCAGACUGGCCGUGCAAGAGAUCAUCAGGAAGCAGAGGGCCGAGGAGAUCCGAUCUCAGGACAAAGAUCACUUGAGCAGCUACGAGAAGCUGUUUCAGAACUCCAAAGUCACACUGGUCCCCAGGAAGAAGGACCGUCGAGCCAGCCUGCAGCCCGUCAGCCUUGCGGUCUCUCACGUGAACACCAUAGCCACCAGGAAAGCAAGCCUCUUGCCGCUCCACUUGCUCAGGCGGAGCAGCGUCAGGCCGGGCUUUGUCAUCCCCAAGGUCCGUAUCAGCAAGGCUCCUCCACCUACCUUCCAGCCAGAAAAGGCGAGGAGGAGGAGCAGUGCCAAGGAUGACCCCUAUUUGCAGAUUCCCAAGUGGAGGUACAAGGAGAUAAAAGAGGAACGGAAGAAGGCAGAGGAACAAGACAAAAAAAAAGCAGCAGAGGCCCAAAAGCAGAGGCAGGUGUCUCCUGCCAGAUGCAGGACCUGA